AUGGCGGCUGCAGCAGCUUCAGCGCUGGGAGGGCGGCGCCGGGGACCAGUCACGGGAGAAAACACCGAGCUCUUCGCCGAGUACCUGGCGCUGGGCCAGUACCGGGCGGGGCGGCCGGAGCCCUCGCCUGACCCCGAGCAGCCUGCGGGCCGCGGCGCGCAGGGCCAGGGCGAGGUCACCGAGCAGCUGGCGCACCUGGUGCGGGCCCUCUGGACCCUGGAGUACACCCCGCAGCACAGCCGCGACUUCAAGAGUAUCGUGUCAAAGAAUGCGCUGCAGUAUCGGGGAAAUUCCCAGCAUGACGCCCAGGAGUUUCUGCUGUGGCUUUUGGAUCGAGUUCACGAGGACCUCAAUCAUGCUGUGAAGCAGAGUGGCCAGCCUCCUCUGAAGCCACCAUCAGAGACUGACAUGAUUCCCGAGGGGCCAUCCUUUCCUGUCUGUAGCACUUUUGUACAAGAACUUUUUCAAGCCCAAUACAGAUCUUCUUUGACAUGUCCUCAUUGUCAAAAACAAAGCAACACCUUUGACCCUUUUCUCUGCAUUUCUUUGCCAAUUCCUCUACCCCACACAAGGCCUCUCUAUGUCACUGUAGUGUAUCAAGGGAAGUGUUCUCACUGCAUGAGGAUUGGCGUGGCUGUGCCUCUGUCUGGGACUGUCGCCAGACUUCGGGAAGCAGUGUCUAUGGAAACAAAGAUCCCCACUGAUCAGAUUGUGUUAACAGAAAUGUACUAUGAUGGGUUCCACCGUUCCUUUUGUGAUACAGACGACCUGGAAACGGUCCAUGAAAGCGACUGCAUUUUUGCCUUUGAGACUCCAGAAAUAUUUAGGCCUGAAGGAAUUCUCAGUCAAAGAGGAAUUCACUUAAACAACAAUCUAAACCACUUGAAAUUUGGCUUGGAUCAUCAUAGACUGUCUUCCCCUACUCAAAUAGCAAAGCAAGGGAGAGUAGACUUGCCCACCACAAGAACAGGAAGUGACAAGAUCGUUCUCUUGGUGUGUAACCGAGCCUGCACUGGGCAGCAAGGGAAAAGAUUUGGACUGCCUUUCGUGCUGCACUUAGAGAAGACAAUAGCAUGGGACCUUCUGCAGAAGGAAAUCUUAGAGAAAAUGAAGUAUUUCUUGAGGCCCACAGUUUGCAUUCAGGUGUGUCCAUUCAGUUUGCGUGUGGUCAGUGUUGUGGGAAUCACGUACUUGCUACCCCAGGAGGAGCAGCCCCUGUGCCACCCAACAGUAGAAAGGGCAUUAAAAUCUUGUGGACCAGGUGGUACUGCUCAUGUGAAAUUAGUGGUAGAAUGGGACAAGGAGACAAAAGAUUUCUUGUUUGUAAACACUGAAGAUGAGUACAUUCCUGACGCAGAAAGUGUCCGUCUGCAAAGGGAGCGUCAUCAUCAGCCUCAGACCUGCACUUUAUCCCAGUGUUUCCAACUGUACACCAAAGAGGAGCGGCUUGCCCCAGAUGACGCCUGGCGUUGCCCACACUGUAAGCAGCUGCAGCAGGGGAGUAUUACGCUGAGUCUGUGGACCCUGCCAGAUGUACUUAUUAUACAUCUAAAGAGAUUUCGACAGGAAGGAGACAGGCGUAUGAAACUUCAGAACAUGGUCAAGUUCCCCUUGACUGGCCUGGACAUGACACCUCAUGUGGUUAAGAGAAGCCAGAGCAGCUGGAGUUUGCCAUCCCAUUGGUCCCCAUGGAGACGGCCCUAUGGACUCGGGAGGGACCCUGAGGACUGCAUCUAUGACCUGUAUGCUGUGUGCAAUCAUCAUGGCACCAUGCAAGGGGGGCACUACACAGCAUACUGUAAGAACUCUGUGGAUGGUCUCUGGUAUUGCUUCGAUGACAGCGAUGUGCAGCAGCUGUCCGAAGAGGAGGUCUGCACACAGACAGCCUACAUACUUUUCUACCAGAGGCGGACAGCUAUACCAUCAUGGUCGGCUAACAGCUCAGUGGCAGGCUCCACAAGUUCUUCCUUGUGUGAACACUGGGUGAGCCGACUCCCGGGGAGUAAGCAAGCCAGCGUGACCUCUGCAGCCUCCUCCAGACGCACUUCCCUGGCCUCACUCUCUGAGUCCGUGGAGAUGACUGGGGAAAGGAGCGAAGAUGACGGAGGCUUCUCAACUCGACCAUUUGUAAGAAGCGUCCAGCGCCAGAGUUUGUCAUCCAGAUCUUCUGUCACCAGCCCCUUGGCCGUCAACGAAAAUUGUAUGAGACCUUCUUGGUCCCUGUCUGCUAAGCUUCAGAUGCGCUCCAAUUCUCCUUCCCGAUUCUCAGGGGACUCUCCAAUUCACAGCUCUGCCUCCACCUUGGAGAAGAUCGGGGAGGCCGUGGAUGACAAGGUCUCCAUCUCUUGCUUUGGUAGCCUGAGGAACCUGUCUAGCAGUUACCAGGAACCAAGUGAUAGUCACAGUCGACGUGAGCACAAAGCAGUGGGUCGGGCCCCUCUGGCUGUCAUGGAAGGUGUGUUCAAAGAAGAACCAGACACUCGCAAAUCGAACCCCGGUGUUGUAGAGACACAGAGCAAAAGCUCAGCACAAGGGGAUCGCUUGCCGCCUGUCUCUGAUCCAUUUGAUAACAAUAACCAGAUUGCAUAUGUGGAUCAGAGUGAUUCUGUAGACAGCUCUCCAGUCAAAGAGGUGAAACCCCCUAGCCACCCAGGCUCACUCUCCAAGAAACCAGAGAGCACAACCAAGAGAUCCCCCAACUCCAAAAGCGCUUCUGAGCCAGAUAAAAGCUUGCGGAAAGGGAGACCAGCCUUGGCAAGUCAGGAAUCAUCUCUUUCAAGUACAUCUCCUUCUUCUCCUGUUCCUGUAAAAGUUUCCCUAAAGCCCUCCCGCUCCCGAAGCAAAGCAGAUUCUUCUUCUAGGGUCAGUGGACGGCAUUCAUCCCCUGCCUCUGUCCAACCCAAAAAGGACUCAUCUCCCAAAUCCCAGGACUCUGUGUCAUCCCCUUCUCCACAGAAGCAGAAGUCUGCCUCUGCCCUCGCUUAUACUGCUUCAUCUACAUCUGCCAAAAAAGCCUCGGGCCCUACCACGAGGGGCCCCUUCCCUCCUGGGAAGGGGAGGACUUCAGACAGGAGCUUAAGUAGAGAGGGUUCCAGACAAAGCCUAGGUUCGGACAGAGCCAGCAUCACUUCCACCUCCAAACCCAACUCCCCUCGGGUGAGUCAGACCAGAGCGGUGGAAGGCCGAGGGGAUGGGAAGCAUGUUAGGAGCUCCUCCAUGGCCAGCCUGCGCUCACCCAGCACGAGCAUCAAGUCUGGCCUGAAGAGGGACAGCAAGUCUGAGGACAAGGGUCUGUCCUUCUUCAAAUCAGCCUUGAGACAGAAGGAAACGCGGCGGUCGACUGAUCUUGGCAAGACAACCCUGCUCUCUAAAAAGGCUGGUGGAAGCUCUGUUAAGUCAGUCUCUAAGAGUUCCGUGGAUGACAAGGCAGAGAAAGGCCACCAGCCUCCAGGUUCCCAGCAGCCAAAUGCAAAUGCAGUUGGAAAAGAGCAGCUUGUCUCCAAGGACCCUGCUUCUGCUAAACAUUCGUUGUUGUCCACUCGCAAAUCCAAGUCUUCCCAGCUAGAUUCUGGAGUUCCCGCAUCUCCUAGUGCCAGGCAGUCUGCUGAGAAAUCCUCAAAAAAGUUAUCUUCUAGCAUGCAAAGCUCUGCACGGCCUUCUCAAAAACCUCAGUGAUACUUCUGCAAUCCAAGUGUUUUGUCUGUAAAGAUGUUUAUUUAUUUAGAACCCCUCCUCUCCCACCAAAGCCCCCCUAUGCUUUUGUUUUGUAUUUUAUUUGGGUCAUGUGCCUGGUGUGUGCCUGGUGUGUGUGUGUGUGUGUGUGUGUGUGUGUGUAUGAGGAGAAUUCAAUUGCAAAUUGUUAAAAGCGUCGCCUUAUUCUGCCAUUGAACCAAAUAACAGCCAUAGGCAAAACAUUGAUACCAAGUUAACUGGAAUAAUUAUAGAUGAUACCCUGGAUGGUCCCUUUAGCAAUUGUACAUAUUUCAUUCUUGAGAACUCUAAUGACUUUGGUUGGACACUAGGGUUUUAAACCUGUGACCCAGUUAAGCUAUCAUUAGUGUGUAGAAGGAUGAAUUCUUUGAAUUGGGUUUCAGCUGAGCGGGAUUAGUCCUCACCAUGGAUUGUUAGAUGGCACCAGGAACUCUGAAAACUGUGACACUAACAGUGACACAAAUUGAGGGAAAAACUGUUGCUUUCUGCACUUUGGCCCCAUCUACCAGUCUUCGUAAAGGGCAAUAUUUUAAAACUCAUGUUUCUCAGGUAUAUACUCAGCUAGUCUAGGUUGGAUGUGCAUUCGUAAAAUGGAUUAACGAGGAAGGUGACAUGGGGGUGACUGUGUUAUUUCUCCUACUGCCACAGAUGGAAGUUUUUAAGGUAGAAAUGAAGUCUUUUACUACCUUUCUAUCUGCAGAGAUGUGUGUACCUAACCUGUCUUGACUCUGGGAUAUGUCCUAAAAGGUAGCAAAUUGGAUCGUCAGAAAGCAAGUCACUAGUAGUUAAAGGUUUUUCCUUCUAAAUUUGCUAGCUAAGGCCAUUGGGAUUUUGAGCUGUAGUAGAGCAGUUAACACCUUUGACAGAUUCCUGGGGGGGGGGGAUGGAUUCUAAACUAGAUGCAUGACUCUCUCUGAUUUUCCUUCUCUGGCACUGCAUUUUUCUGUUGGUUGAAAGCUCCAUACUGCACUGUGUCUGCCUGCUCUGGUUUCCUCAUCUUGUAACUUACGAGGAGAAAGGUGGCCUACUGCCAAGAGUCAGAGAGUGCAUUGAAGCCGUGUGUGACACGGUAUUAUGUAUGCACUUCGGUCCUGCCUGUCAGGCUCAGUUAUGACUGCUUUGCUGUAACUCAUUUAUUUCUCUUUUGUGCUUUAAGAUUUAAUUUCAUACCCAGAACUCAUAAGCAGGAGAAAGUUCCAUCUGGCAGUGUCAAUGCAAAUUGCAUUGCUUAUUCAGAAAAAGGGGAACCUCACAUAACUCAGUUGUUCAAGCUUUUUUGGAGAUCUCUUGGCAAUAUUUUCCUGCUCAAUUUUUAGCUUUUUAAAAAAAUUUUUAUUUGAAAAAAUAUCAAGAGAGUCAUGGUCUUAGUUCUCCUUAACGUGUCACUUUACCAUGAAACACAGCACACUAGGUUUAUGUACUGUUAAGUAUUAACUUUGUUUUGUUUUGGCCAUAGAUGCUCCAAAUUCUUCCUGAAAUCUUGGUGCACAGAUCAGUUUAUAGUCUCCUCUUUCAGUAUUGCUGUGUAUGAAGUAACUACAACACACAUGUAUGCUAGCUAUGCAUUCCGCACUGCCUUGUUGUAUGUUUUCCCCAUGGAUGCCUCUUGGGAAAUGUUUCCACUGGGUAAUUUUUUGUUUGUUUGUUUGUUUGCUGCUAACUUGAGCACUAGCCGGUAACGUGCAAGUCUGAGGCCAUUUUUGUCAAGGGUAGCUGGAAUUUUCAAUAUUCCAAAAUUUGCAAUAUUUAAGACUUACAUAUUCAGCCUUGUGAAAGUGACCUCAGUGCUCCUUGUACUUCAGCGAACACGAGCCUGUUGUCCAUCGCACUCAGUCCUGUGCUUCCCUCUUCGCUAGGUCUUUGUUUUCCUGCACAGACUUCAGUAAAUCGUAAAGCCACUUCCUCUCCUCUGUGGUGUAUCACUGCAGGUGACCAGCUGUCUUCCAUCUUACCCUUGCUUCCAAUGGCACGUGGACAGCGCGAUCAGUGUUCAGCCACCCUCCUGGUUUUCUUGGAUUGUUUUUACUUCCUAAAAAAGAUGCACCAAAAGUGAGAUUGUCAAUGUCAGGAAUUGAAUAUUUGUGAAUAUUUGUCUAAUUUGAAUAUCUUGCCUUUGUUCAGUAGGUAGAUCUUUUUUGAUAUCUGUCUGAAGCUCUGAAACAGUUUAGGAUAGUUUGAUUAGACAUUGGACUUUAAUUUUUUUUUUUGGCUAUACUCAGUUAAACAAGAAUAGAACAUUAAACAUUAAAUUUCACAGUGGUAAAUAUUUUUUAUUCUUGAGGCUUCUAGGGAUGGAUUUUACAUUAUGUCCAGUGUCUUAAAAAAAAAAAAAAAAGACCCUUCAGAUACCCUUAAUUUUCCAUGGGAUCUAGAAAUAAAAUUUCAGUAUCUAUAAACUUUAUGUCCACGGAGUUUAGUCCUUGUUUCAGAUUUAAUUAAAUAGAAAAAAAAAAUCAGGAAGUGUUAAAGUGUUGUCUGAGCAUCUUUAAACUAUUGUAUUUCCAUGGCCAGGAAACUGAAAAUUACAUUACAUCUAACUACUAGAUAGGAGGAUAGGACUAUAAGCCACAGAAAAGGAUAUUUUACCUAAAACUUU